CAUCCACCCAACACACAACAAAAACCCAUCUAUUCAUAGGGAAGUUGACCGUUAUUGUCGUCGACCCAAUCUCCUCUCUCUCUCCCCCCUUUCUCUCUCUAACUAGGUUACCCAUUCCCCGGUCUCCCCCAUCACCUAUAUUGUUCAACCCACUUUUAUUACAAUUCUCCCUUCUUUCCCUGGCCCUUGAAGAUCGUCUUGGGCCAGCCACCACCUGAAAAUAAAAAACCAAAAAAAAAUAAAAUCAAAAUAAUAAUAAUAAUAAUCAAGAACCAAAAAUGAUCAGCAAAAUAGCGUUGCUGGUUGUGUCCAUUAUGGUGGUGCUGGGCGUCAUCAUCGGCGUCUCCGUCAUGGUCAAGGGCGGCGACGACCCCUCGUCGAAGCAGUUAGGGCACAGCGCUGCCAUGGGAGGGCCCAUGAAGAUGGUGACCUCAAUUUGUGAGCUCACCAAAUACAAAGGACCCUGCGCCAGGAGCCUUGAGCCGGCGGCCAAGAACCCUGCCGCCACCUCCAAGGACUACAUCCUUGCCGUCCUCGACGCCGCCGCCACCGACGUCAACCGCUCCGCCGCCGCCGCCGCCCAGGUCGCCGUCGACAGCCGUGACAAGAAUAGCGUUGUUGCCGUACAGGACUGCCGUCAAUUCCUCAACCUCGCCGGCUACCGCCUCCGCAAAUCCAUUGACGCCGUCAACCAGGCCGGCAACCUUAGCGCCCUCGACCGCGACCAGACCCACGAGCUUCACACGUGGACCACCGCCGUCUACGCCCUCCACACCUACUGCGUCGACCAAAUCGAAGAUCCUGUCCCCAAAACCGCCGUCCAAAUCGCCAUCCAAAAUUCCACCGAGCUCAGCCACAACGCCGUCAACAUCAUUGCCGAAAUCCCCCAAAUCCUUAAACUCUUCGGCGAAAAUAACAAUAAUAAUUCCGACGCCGUAAAAAAAAUCGCGACGGCUACCUCCGAUAACCAUCCUCGAAGCCUUACAGAAAAUAGCAGCAGUAAUAAUAAUAAUAAUUACCCGGCGUGGUUAAACUCCGGCGAUCGGAAACUUCUGGAGACUAUUCCGCCGAAGCCGGAUGUGGUGGUGGCGGCGGACGGCAGCGGCCAAUUCAAAACCAUAACCGACGCCGUGGCGGCGUAUCCGCCGAACCACACCGGCAGGUUCGUGAUCUACGUGAAGGCUGGCGACUACAAUGAGCAGGUGACAAUCACUAACAACAAGCCGAACAUUCUGAUGUACGGCGACGGAAUCGGGAAGACGAUCGUGACCGGCCGGAAAAGCGCCGCCGGCGCGAUGAAGACGGGGACGAUGCACACGGCGACGUUCGCCAACGAGGCGACGGGUUUCAUCGCCAGAGGGAUGACGUUCCGCAACAAGGCCGGCCCCCAGGGGCUACAGGCGGUUGCGUUCCGGAGCUCCGGCGACAAAACCGCCGUCUUCGAUUGCAGCAUCGAGGGCUUUCAGAGCACGCUCUACUACCAGCUCUACCGCCAUUUCUACCGGAAUUGCUUAAUCUACGGCACCGUCGAUUUCAUCUUCGGAAAAGGCGAGGCUUUGAUUCAGGACAGCGAGAUCAUCGUCAGAAAACCGAUGCCGAAUCAGGUUAACACAGUGACCGCCGACGGGAAGGAGAUUUUGAAGGGCAGCAACGGCCUGGUGCUGCAGAACUGCCGGAUUGUGCCGGAGAAGGCGCUGUUUCCGGCGAGGUUCGAGAUCCAGACGUUUUUGGGGCGGCCGUCGACGGCGGAGGCGACGACGGUGGUGAUGCAGAGCGAGCUGGGGGAUUUUAUCCGGCCGGAGGGGUGGAAGGCGUGGGACGACUCGCCGAAUCACGUGACCUGUCACAUGCUCGAGUACGGAAACCGUGGGCCCGGCGCCGGGACGCGGCUGAGGAGCAGGAGUUUUAAGAAUUUCAAGGUGCUCACCGCCGACGAGGCCGGAAAAUUUGCUCCGGGGGAGUUUCUCGCCGGAUCCCGGUGGAUUCCGCAGACGGGUGUGCCUUACAGGCUGGGGCUUUAAUUUAUUUAAUAUUUAAAAAAAUUGGAUGGCGUCGAUUGUAUAUCUGCCACGUGUACGGCGCUGAUCUCUCUCUCCGGCAAUGUUUCGAUUUCGUUUUGUAAUUAUACUAAUUGUAACAUGGAUCAAUAUAUAGUACCUAAGUAUAUGUGUACGAACUUUGUUGUCAUAUAC